AUCCGGCCCAAAUUUGCGCUACAGCCUCAGCGCUCUCAUCUUCUUAAUCCUCACCCACCACCAACAUAAAAACCCUAAUUCUCCCUUCCUCCUCGGCCCUUGCCGUCAAUACUCCAGCACAGCGCAAUCUCGGGCUCUUGCGGAAAACCCUAGUCGCCCCUCUGCAGGAAAACCAGCUCAACCGGAGGAAAAAUGGUGACCGCCAAGAAGACAAAGAAGACCCAUGAGAGCAUCAACAACAGGCUCGCCCUGGUGAUGAAGAGUGGGAAGUACACCCUUGGUUACAAGACCGUCCUGCGCACUCUCAGAAACUCCAAAGGGAAAUUGAUCAUCAUCUCUAACAACUGCCCUCCCUUGAGGAAAUCCGAGAUUGAGUACUACGCCAUGCUUGCCAAGGUCGGAGUACAUCAUUACACAGGAAGUGAGUUCUCUAAAACUAUUUCUCUCUAUUUUCUGUUUCCCCUGUUGAGCCAGGUUUUGUUUUGUGCGAAAGAUUGAUGCAAAUCUUGUGUAUCAAGAGGCAUAUAGUAGCAUGUAAUGUGGUUGGGUGAAUUGCUACCCCUUUGGAAGCCAUCUUUUUGGUGAAUUUUUUCUACAAGUGGUUAUGCUUGUAUUGGUUGGAUGCUUAAUGCGGAUGAAAGUUGUUUUGGGUUAUAGUAGGGGUUUCAUCCUGUUGAGUGUAAGUUAUUGUUUGUGCUUCAUAAUUGAUUGCUUAAUGCGUUUGGUGUCUGUGCUAUCUAUGUAAUGUAGAUAUAUACCGUCAAAACCUGCUUAUGGUGUCUUUCCUCCAUGGAUUGUGGUAAAUGACUUUUAUACGUAUAUUGUGUGUCUGAUAUUUGCCUAUGAUUGGCUCAUUUUGAUAUGGGUACUCCACUGAUAGUAUCCCUAGGUAUAGGUAGCCAUUGAAGGAAUUGCUCUCCCGGUCUCCCCUAUAUGUAGUUAUGCACUAUCCUGCAAUAAUUUGUUGUGGAACAACUUUGUGAUUGUAUUUGACUUGUCCUUUUCACUUGGUGUGUAGACAAUGUUGAGUUGGGCACUGCCUGUGGCAAAUUCCACCGUGUUUCUUGCUUGAGCAUCAUUGAUGCAGGUGACUCGGAUAUCAUCAAGUCACUCCCUGGCGACCACUGAAUGCCUUACCCUUCUCAUGGGAUCGUGCUCCUUUACUCCUUGACUCCGUGACGGUGCUUCUUUUUGUUCUCAAAUGUGGCAGUUUUUAUGUUUUAGAGUUGGAUAGACAGAAAGAUAUGUUGCCUUGAGGGCUUUGCCCCCUGUUAUACUCUUUUUAUUGGAUCUGGUUAUGUAUCUAGGUGGUAGCCAUGUUUUGUUGGAUCUGGUUAUGGCAAAAUUUUCACUGCAGUCUGAAUUUUUCUAAGCACUUGUGUGAUUGCUGUUUAGAAACAUCCAUCCAUGUUGAUGGAGCAUAUUGACAGCUCCUGAUUACAGAUCUGGGGCUUGGCCAAUGAUAUUGAAGGUGAACUAGCCUCUUCAUAGGUCAGAUUAACACUUGAAGGCAAACAUGACCGAAGAUUUGUUGCUAGGUUAAUUAGUUACCUAGUUAUACUGUACCUAAUC